CUCCCAAACUCCACACAACAAGCAGCACAAAGCAGUCGUCUGUAUUGUUCUUCCCUUCUCCACACAGAGAAGUCGCGAGUUUGGUCGGGCGAUCGGCUGGGAUCUGCAGCAAGCUCAGGUGCACUGGCCAUGACGAAGCACGGCGCCGUGGUUGUGCCGGAGGACGCGGCGGUGGGGCGACAUUUCUCGUUCCCUCCGCCGAGGACCGGUGGCGACUCGUGCAAGAAGCUGGCCGGGCAGGUCGACCUCGGCGCGGCCAUGAUGGGGUCCUGGCUCGACUCCAUGAAGGCGUCGUCGCCGAGGCACAGGCUCGUGGCGCCCAGGGUCGCCGCUACCGGCAGCAGCGACGCGGAUGAGACGGAGGACGACGUCUGGAUGGAGAAGCACCCGUCGGCAUUGGGCAGCUUCGGGGCCGUGGCGGCGGCGGCGAGCGGGAAGCAGGUCGUCAUGUUCCUCGACUACGACGGCACGCUGUCCCCGAUCGUGGAGGACCCCGACCGCGCCGUCAUGACGGAGGAGAUGAGGGACGCGGUUCGCGGCGUGGCGGAGCACUUCCCGACGGCGAUCGUGAGCGGCCGGGGCAGAGACAAGGUGUUCAACUUCGUGAGGCUGGAGGAGCUGUACUACGCCGGGAGCCAUGGGAUGGACAUCAAAGGCCCCACGGCUGACUCCAACCACCACCUCACGCCCAGCAAGGCCAAGUCAGUGCUGUGCCAGCCCGCGAGCGAGUUCCUGCCGAUGAUCGGGGAAGUCCACGACGCGCUGGUGGCCAAGAUGGCGUCCAUCCCGGGCGCCAAGGUGGAGAACAACAAGUUCUGCUUGUCCGUCCACUUCCGCUGCGUCGAAGAAAAGACAUGGGGCGCGCUGGCGGAGCAGGUGCGGGCGGUGCUGCGGGAUUACCCGCGGCUGCUGCUGACGCAGGGGAGGAUGGUGCUGGAGAUCCGGCCCGUGAUCAAGUGGGACAAGGGCAGGGCGCUGGAGUUCCUGCUGGGCGCGCUGGGCUUUGCGGACCGGGACGACGUGUUCCCGAUCUACAUCGGCGACGACCGCACGGACGAGGACGCCUUCAAGGUGCUCCGAGGCAGGGGGCAGGGCGCCGGGAUCCUCGUCUCCAAGUUCCCCAAGGACACCCUCGCCUCCUUCUCCCUCCGGGACCCCGACGAGGUCAAGGGCUUCUUGCGCCAGCUGGUCAGGUCCUCCAACAGCUGAGAUAUUCUGCUGUCUCUGCAUCGAGUUCAGUACCUGCAGCUUGCCUCUUCUUCUAACUCGGCCAUUCUUCCUCCGGAUGGAUUCUCGUGUUCGUUUUCCCCAGCUCCCGAUCCGUGGAGAAAUUGGGAACGCAGCACGAGAGUCCGUGUAUCUUCCUUCGUUAGCGUUACCGUAGCAGAACAACUAGGACCAGUUUUUGUUUGUCCAAUUCCCCGUUCUGUAUCUCGAUUGAUCUCUGGGCCUCCUCCUGAAGGGUUCUAUUAUCGUACCCUUCUCGCGAGGUGCUGUAAUUAGUUAACUAAGACAUUUGUGUCGUGGAAAUGCAAGGAAUAGAAUCCAUUUUCAGCCUCU